AUGUCUGUACUCUCUAAUACUGCAAUAUUUGAUCUUCUUGAGGAUGAAGAUUUUUAUAUUAAUUUAAUAUUAAAUAUUGCAGAUUCAGUAGAUUUAAUAUUGCCAGAGUUUUUAGCAUCUGGAGAUGCAAUAUUUUCUUCAGAGCCUAUUAUUAAUUGGGCUAGAGAUGUAGCAGUAGGUAAUAUGAAUUAUAAUCCUAUUAAGUUGGUAUAUCAAAUAGUAUUACGAGAUAGAGAGGAUUAA